UUAAUAUUACUUUUAAUGUUUUUAAUUUUUUCACCAUUUCAUCCCGUUCAUAAAAUCCCGCACCACUCCCACAAGAAAUUCAAUGCACGAUUCACUUAACCCCAGUCCCCAACAUAGACAGACUCCAGGAGGGCGUUAUUUCGGAGCCCCAUUCUUAAUCACUGCGCUGCAGGAGAUGCAAUUGCAUGCAAAGACAAGCAAUGUUAUAUUUUCUUGGGUCGUUGUCUUCGGCGCUGUCUGUGCCGGAUCCUCACUUCCCAGGGCGUCGUUAAUUAAGGCGACAAAUUUUUAGGCGAGACCGAGAUAGCUGUCCCGCGCACUUGUAUUUAUGCCAUAGUAUUCCACGACAACUGCUUCCUUAAGUGGUGAGCGAUCGACGAUGGCCCUGUGCUGGGCAAAACAUUAACCUUGCCAUUCCCCGGCCCUAGAUCAGCACGUUAUUUUUUGCAUUUUUUGUUUUUUUUUAAAAUGCAGCAAUAUACCAAACUUAAAAUGAUUUAUUUCGAGCGCAGUUGUGAUUAAGACAGUAUGCCAGCCCUUAAAUCAGCUUUAAUAUUUUGAUAAACUUCAAUGUUUGUAUGAACACAAUUUUUACUUUCCAAUCGAAUGGCGAGGGCAGAACCAGGAAGCUGAGUAGUUCAAAAGUUGGACCUACUCACCUUGCUUAUUAAUUGCUGGCAAGACUUCAAUUUGCAUUUGAGAAGGAGCAUAGCAAAGCUGAAUAAAUAUAUUAUUCCGCUUUGUCUGACAAAAUGAAAUGUGAAUCAUUUUGAUUUAAAUGAUUGAACAGAAAUCGCGAAGCCAAGCGAGAAUGGUGCGAGCCCAGAGAAAAAGCAAAUAACGUAGCGAGGGGGAGACACCGAUAGCACGAGUGCGUAGAAUUUGAUAUGGAUAAAAAUGACAUCAAAUAAAAACCAAUUCUUCCCACUAAUUGAAUAAAACUGCGACAUGUUUAAUAUUAGACGAGAUGGUACAGGGCAGGCAUAAUGUCCAAGUGGGGCUUCAUACUGACGAUGAAUAAAUACCUCGCCGUACUGUACAAAUCAAUAUUGUUUAGCAAUCUCGGCACGCAAAUCGCAAGCACGUUGACAUGGCCAAAUAGGGUGGGGUUGGAGAUGGGUUGCUCUAAAGGGACCGCUCACUAAUCACCAAAUGCUGAACUCUUAAAAUUCUGACGUGUGUUCCUGUCGUCUAAUGACGGUGAUAAGGCGGAUGGAUACUCCGUCGAUUGUGGUGGAAAUAACAUGUUUGCAACAAGUCCAGGAAUUAUAAAAUUGAUGUUGUCGAAUCCCAACGCUAAGAAGCGAAUGCCACAGUCUUAUUAAAAUAGAAAACAACUGCUAUACUUCUACGUAAUGUAUUUACGGAAAACGCUCCUACUGGCUUGCCUUGUUUUGCUGUUCGGGGGACUCCCGCCUCUCACUUCCCCUGCAACGACCACUACCUUAGUGGCGGCCAUGUCCAUCGCAAAUCAGGAUUUGGAGCGAUACUUUCGACCAGGCAACAGCACUCACAGCUUCUCCGGCAUGGAAGAUCGUAUUGCCGUGGACGUCUAUAACUACGCCUUCCUUAACUGGUCAUAUGUAGAGCACGGUAACAUGCUGUGCAACAUGGAAUUCGCCCAAGAACAGGCCCGUUACGGGGAGGGCAAGGUGUUGAACGUAACGGGACGGUUAAUUCACAUCACCGCCACGGACAACUUUAGUGACGAUUACGCGUGCACACCGUACAUCCGAGGAACCCUAGGAGCACCCAUACCAGAUAAAGGGGAGACAUGGAUUGCAUUGGUCCGACGGGGACGCUGCACCUUUGAGGAAAAAGUUAAACAUGUCUACCAGCAAAAUGCUGCCGGUGUUAUUAUUUACAACGACAAGCAAGUAAUGCAGCUGGAGAAGAUGCAGAUCAAGGGCAAAACAAGAAACAUAGCCGCCGUUAUAACUUAUCAGAACAUUGGACAAGACCUGGCUAUGACUCUUGAUAAGGGCUAUAAUGUAACUAUUUCGAUCAUCGAGGGAAGACGAGGUGUUCGCACCGUUAGCAGCUUAAAUAGAACAUCAGUGCUGUUUGUGUCGAUUUCAUUUAUUGUUUUGAUGAUUAUCUCUCUGGUUUGGCUCAUCUUCUACUAUAUUCAGAGGUUCCGUUACAUGCAGGCAAAGGACCAACAAUCGCGCAAUCUCUGCUCUGUUACCAAAAAGGCUAUCAUGAAGAUUCCAACAAAAACCGGAAAAAUCAGUGAUGAAAAGGACUUGGAUAGCGACUGCUGUGCUAUAUGCAUCGAAGCCUACAAGCCCACGGACACCAUACGGAUAUUGCCGUGCAAGCACGAAUUCCAUAAAAACUGCAUAGAUCCGUGGCUUAUAGAGCAUCGAACGUGUCCCAUGUGUAAGCUCGACGUCCUGAAGUUCUAUGGAUAUGUGUUUUUAGGCAGCGAGGAAAGUAUUCUGGAAUAUCAGCCUGAUCCCCCACAGGGACUGGCACUGGUUGAGGCACGGGACGAAUCUGCAGGGCCUGUGGCUGGAGCAGCGCAAACUAGGCCUAGUGCCGGGGUGGAUCUUAUUCGAAGCCGCGACUUUGUAGUAGACUUUCCGCGAGUAUUUGUCCUCGACAGCGGUUGUGUUGUGGGAGCCCGCGAAAUGCUUUUCCCGCGUCGAAUACCCGAGCGAUCUCAGAGCUCCCUAUCGCUUAGACAAGCUCGUGAUUGGGUGAGCCUAAUGAGCAACAAGCUCGAGGAGCAACAGGGACUGCGCCGCCUGCGCAAGGAUGAAAUGCAGCAGCAACUUCUUAGUGCGCAAGAGUCGGCUCGCCACCGGCGAUCGCGAUCAGCGGAUGGGCGCUACUCAACUGGAUGCUUUGGGGGUCGCCAACGCCAGCCCUCUGUGCCGGUAUCUAGCCUAGGUCAGCCGCAGCUCCAUAGCGAUGUCGCCCAGAUGCAGCGCUCGAACUCGUCGCAGGCCUUGCAGCACCUGACAGACGCCGCCCAUGCCCAGUCCCGGCAACGGCAGCGUGAAAGUUUCGACUUUGCCAGGAUGCGGAGACGAUUCAUGAGGCGUGAGAGCGACGAAAUAUCCUUGCGCUCACUUCCCAGGCGAGGAGGAGCCUCUGCGGCACAUCGGGAGAGGGAGUCAGAUGACAGCGUACAAACUGACCAAAUUACCAUUCAGGUAAAUGGGAAAGGUGUGGACCUUAACUAG